CGUGUGUUCGUUAUGCAAGGGCGGUACAUUAGUGUGCUUUAGCGGUACAUCCAACAUACUUGUUGUGACUCUUUUUACUUUACUGGGAUCUUUUUUUGAGUUGAGAGUUGCCGUUUGUGGAGAUUUCUUAACCUAACUAAGGGUUUCUGCAGUAAAGAUGGCAGCCUCUCUGCUUAGGGUAGGACGACUCGGACCUCUCAGGUGUCUGCAGGCGGAGGGCUUGAGUUCCAUUGGAAGAGCUCCUGCUGUAGCUUUCAGCUCAAAAUCUGGGGACAAGAAGUCCAAAAAGUACAACAAAGAAAAAGCAGCACCAAAAACGUACUUCGAUAUAGAAAAACUUGUCCAGCACAAAUCAUAUGUGGAAUUCCCCCAGAAAGAAGUUGCAGCUUCAGUUGCUGUUGCCUCUACAGAAACUGCAUCUGCUGCUGCACCUGAACCAGUUGUAACUGCCACUGCAGCUCCUGCUGCAGCUGAAACGGUUGUACCUGUAGUUGAAGCCGCUGCCCGUGCAGCUGAAGCUCCUGUAGUUGAAGCUCCUGUAGUUGAAGCCGCUGCCCCUGCAGCUGAAGCUCCUGUAGUUGAAGCCGCUGCCCCUGCAGCUGAAGCUCCUGUAGUUGAAGCCGCUGCCCCUGCAGCUGAAGCUCCUGUAGUUGAAGCCGCUGCCCCUGCAGCUGAAGCUCCUGUAGUUGAAGCCGCUGCCCCUGCAGCUGAAGCUCCUGUAGUUGAACCCGCUGCUCCUGCAGCUGAAGCUCCUGUGGUUGAAGCUCCUGUAGUUGAAGCCGCUGCCCCUGCAGCUGAAGCUCCUGUAGUUGAAGCCGCUGCCCCUGCAGCUGAAGCUCCUGUAGUUGAACCCGCUGCUCCUGCAGCUGAAGCUCCUGUGGUUGAAGCUCCUGUAGUUGAAGCCGCUGCCCCUACAGCUGAAGCUCCUGUGGUUGAACCCGCUGCUCCUGCAGCUGAGACUCCUGCAGUUGAAGCCGCUGCUCCGGCAGCUGAAACGGUUGUACCUGAAGUUGAAGUUGAAGCCGCUCCCCCUGCAGCCGCUGCCCCUGCAGUUGACGCCGCUGCCCCUGAAGUUGACGCAGCUGUAGUUGACGCCGCUGCCCCUGUAGUUGACGCCGCUGCCCCUAUAGUUGACGCCGCUGCCCCUGCAGCUGAAGCUCCUGCUGCACUAACUUCUGAAGCCGGAUCUACAGAAGAAGCCCCUGCCCAAGAACCAAUAGCUGAAGUUGAAGCUGUCAGUGAAGUUGUUUUAGAAGCUGCCCCUUUUGAGCCGGUUGCAGAGGCAGCUCCUGCUGAAGAGCUGGUAGAUUCCGCCCCUGUGAUCACAGAUGCUACUGAAGUUCCAGCAGAAGUUGUGGAGACGCCUGAGGCUGGAUUGGAUCCUAUUCAGAAACUUUUCCUAGAUUCAAUUCGUGCAUACUCCACAAAAAGCGGUGGCGCUGGUCUAGUUGAUGCCGGUCCAGAGUAUCAGAAGGCUCUUGCUGAUGAAAUAGCUAAACUGCAGCGGUUGUAUGGUGGUGGUGAUCUGUCUUCCUUCCCAGAAUUCAAAUUCCCUGAGCCUAAAUUUGAUGAAGUGUCCAAGUAAAGUUCUCCUAAGUUUUCCUCUCCUGUGCCUCAAUCCAAUUUUGUGAAGGAGGUCUUUAAAUAACUUGUCUUUCAUCUGUAAAAGUGAACAUUUUGUGAGAUUUUUAAUGUUGUGAGACUAAAUAGCUAUUUUUCAAAAAUGAUGUCUAAUGGAAAACAUGACCUAUUUCAUGUACUAUAACACAUGUGAAAGAGAACAUUUCUCAGCUGUGAAAUAAAUGCUAGUUGCUUUUUGCAAUGUUUGUCAGUGAGUUUAAGUAUCUGGGGAAAGAGCUGAAUAAACUGAGCCAACUCUUG